CCACCACCACCACCAUCGGCACCUUCAUCCCUCUCGCUCCUCUCUCUCUCCACAGAAAGAGAGCACAGCCCGCGACAUGCCGCGCACGCCGCCGCCGCAAGCUGGGCCCAGCAGCUCGGCGCGCAACCCGCCGCCGACGCCCGAGCAUGUGCGUGUCAUGCAGGAGAACCGGCUGCGCGCCAAGGCCCGUCUGCAAGCCCUCGCCGCUGCGCAGAACCCCGAGCUGCAGCUGAAUGCGCACGGCAAGCGUCCCGCCGGUCCUCUGCCUCUCGAGCGCGGCGCCAACGCCUCGCUGCGUGCCGACGUGCCCGCCUCGACGCGCAACGCCAAUCUGCCCGACGAGCAGACGCGCGUCUCGCCCUCAAAGCCUGCGGUGAGGGAUGAUGCGCCGCUGCCGCGCGACAAGAGCCUGGGCAACUACAUCGAGUACGACCUCAGUCGGCUGCACAAUUCGAAGGGUGGCUUCUUGGUGGAGGAGGAUGAAGGGUCGAAUCAGACGGCGGAAGAGAGAGCGAGGGCGAGGGAGAGGGAGCUGGAACGCAUGAGGGAUCAGAUGGAGCCUGGCGUGACGCUGGAUCCCUCGAAGCGCGAAGUGUGCGUCGAGUGCGCCUCGCGCGAGCUCGACGACCAGCUGCGCCGCGUCUUUGGCAUCUUUGUGUGCCGCGCCUGCACAAAGAAGGUGCCGGAGAAGUACAGCCUGCUCACAAAGACGGAGGUCAAGCAGGACUACCUGCUCACUGACGCCGAGCUGCGCGAUCCCGAGCUGCUGCCGCACCUGCUCAAGGCCAAUCCGCACAAGGCGACGUACUCCAACAUGAUGCUCUUCCUGCGCAGCCAAGUCGAGGCGUACGCGUUCAGCGCGGCAAAGUGGGGCUCCGAGGAGGGCCUCGACGCCGAGUUUGAUCGGCGCGAAGAUGAGAAGGCCAAGAAGCGCGGCAAGAAGUUUGCCGCGGGCCUCAAGGAGCUCAGGCGACGCACGAUGAACAACGUCUGGCAGCAGCGCAAGGACGAGGAACAUGUGCAUGUCUGGCAAGAGAGCGCAGAGGGCGACAGCCAGACGUGCGAGUGCGGCGCCGUCAUCGACGUCGAGGUGUUCUGACGUGAUCACCCAGUGCUGCCCCCCUUCUCGGCUACCUUCUCUGCGCUACCCACAUCCCCACGCUGUAUUCUACGAUCUAGCAAAGCAUCCAUUCGUCACGCCGUG